CAUGCUCAGCUGCUUGAACAUGUUGUAAACUUUGAGGUUGACAGAAUAUCAGCUUAGGAUUGUAUUUUCUCUUGAAAUUAGAUAUUUUAUUCUAUCUAAUCUAGAAUGGCUUUAAUUGCGCUGAUCAAUGGCAGGAGAGCAAUUUACUUUUCUGCCCGGGGGUUUGGAAACAGGUUUCAAUCAACAGAGCGUGAACUGGAUUCGAGAACACAAAUUGACGAUGAUCAAUUUCCCGUUCUCAAUUUCAAACAAGUUAAGUCUCAGCGGAUAGCUAGACGAAAAAUUGUAAGAGCGGUAGUGCCCCCUCCAAGAACUGAACAGAUGGCCACUGAUCAGGAUUGGGGCGCUGUAUGGCCAGGUCCAAGAUCUUUCAAUCCUUCCGUUGUACCAUUACCACUACGUCAGGGUUACGUAUCGAAGAAACAUCAGAUACCUCCGGGUAAAUUCGCCAAUGCCGAAUUGAUGAAGAUUCCCAACUUUUUACAUCUAACUCCACCGGUUAUCAAAAAGCAAUGCGAAGCAUUGAAGCAAUUUUGCACUCCUUGGCCAAAAGGACUUGAAACGGAGGAAUCGAUGAAGAAACAUUUUCCAGUGGAUUUUAUUUCAUCGGAUUACUGUCAUGCAUCACCAACGAUAAGAAACCCCCUGUCGCGCAUAGUUACUAUUCAGUUGAAGUUGGAGACGCUUAAGUUAGAUAAGCAUGCACGUGACAAGUUCCUUCGUCUAGUUGGUGACCGAUAUAACUCCGAUACAGAUGUGCUGACUUUAGUGACCGAUAGGUGUCCUCUGAAAAAGCAAAACUACGAUUAUGCCAUGUAUUUACUAACGGCUUUAUUUCAUGAAUCCAACGUAGUCGAAUCGUGGGAGGAAUCCAAGUCGGAGGCGGAUAUGGAGUACUAUGACUUUCAACGUAAUUGUUCGAAAGUAAAUUCAGAAACUAUUUUAAACUGGAGAAAGACCGACGGAGAGCAGCGUUUGAGUGCUCCUGCUGGUUAUGGGCAUUCAGUGGAGCAAUUAUUUAAUGAUGGCGAGAACGAGUACAAUUUAGCAAAAUAUAAAGAGCAAACCUUGUCUCUUCUGCACUUGACAAAUUAGUUCAGAUUUAAUUGAAGCUGUUGUUCGAAGUUAGUAAAUAAAACAAUAUUUAAAGUCUCAUA